CUUGUGUGCAGUCCAUCAGCUGGGAGGUCUCAGUAUAAAAGCCAAAGCCAGAGGAGAUAAAUAAAUCCCCUUCAAAGUUUUAGAAGCUGAAAGUCUUGUUUGGAUUUAGCGGAUCAGGAGGCCGCUGCGUAAAGGGGGCGCGCGCUUAAUGAGGCGUAAAGUUUGACCAGAGAACUAAAAUACAGUAGACUGCAACCAACCUACUUCACUAACAAAUAACUUUUUUGAGUCUGAGAUCGGCUGAAGAUGGCAGAAGGAGACUUUUACACCAUGGGGAACCGGCAGCGGUUUCCCAGGGACCCGUUUGGAGAAUCACCGUUCAGGGACCAGUCUCCGUUCCGGGAUCAGCUCUCAUCCCGGUUCAUGGAGGAUGAUUUCGGGAUGCCGCCUUUCCCCGACGAUCUCGGCAUGGACUGGCCCGGCUGGGCUCGGCCCGGCCGGUUAAGCACGCGCCUUGGUACGUCGCCCUUUGCCGGUCCUUUACGCACAGGUUUCCCAGCUCGCCACUCCACGGGAGGCCCAGCGCUGUACACCAGCAGGUACGGCGAGCCGUCCCCACGCAGCUCCCCCACGACCACGGGCGGGGAACCCUGGAAAGUAUGCGUGAACGUCCACAGCUUCAAACCAGAGGAGUUAAACGUGAAGACCAGAGACGGGUUUGUAGAAGUUUCAGGCAAACAUGAAGAAAAACAGGAGGAGGGAGGCAUUGUGACAAAAAAUUUCACAAAGAAGAUACAGAUCCCAACCGAUGUGGAUCCAUUGACGGUCUUUGCCUCCUUGUCGCCUGAAGGGGUCCUCAUCAUCGAGGCUCGGCAGACACCCCCAUACUGCCUGUUUAGCAAUGAAGACUCCCAGGGAGGUGAAACUCAGGAGCUGGAGACCCAGAAACCCCAGGAGGCUCCGGCAGUCUAAACCAACACCUUAGAUGAACACAUCCUUCAGCACAAUCAGUUACAGUUAAAAACGCAACCUGUGUACUAAACUUAUAUAAAAUCUAAGAUACAAUAGAUCUGAAAUAUAUUAGUGCAGGGAAGUCCUAUUGUAUUUAUGUUAUUGCAUAUAGCAGUUUUAACACAACAAAAGCCUCCCCCUACCAGCAAGAACGAAAGGUCAUAAUAAUAUGCUCUGUUUUUAUUAUUUAAUUACAACUAAAAGUAAAAAAGAAAAUGUAUUUAAAACUCUGUUUUAGAUAAAAGGUUUUGGUUGUAUCAAUUAAUCUAUAGGAAGCAAAAUGAGAUAAUCAUAAGAAGGCAAUAAGAAGGAAAUUUUUUAUUUCUUUAUUUCUAAUAAAUACCUUCUAAUAUUUGUUUUAGUUUGUUCUUGUUUUUUUUCUUUGUAAUAAAAAUAAUAAAUUGAAGAAAAAGAGUUGUGUGCUUCAAUUAUCUUGCGUGCACUGAUGUAUAAUUUAAAAAUGUCUAACAGCAAAACCUCUUAAAUUUUAUUGUUUUUUCAUUAGUUUGCUUUGUGUUUUUUUUAUUUUUUAUUAUUAUUAUUCAAUCACCAAGGGCGACCUUCCGUCAGGGUUCCACAUUUAAAAAGAAGACAAUGCUUGUGUUGUUUGUUUUGCUUAUUUAUGUAACCUGACUUAGAUUAUUCACCAAUCCUACUAUCCAAAGAAAAAGGAAAAAAAAAAACAGUUUGAGUUUAAUAAAACUUAUAAAGUUAUAUUUAUGAUUGCAUAAAGAAUUUUAAAUGUUUUUUUUUAUGUCUGUAAAACCAAUACAUUCAGAAAAAGAACUAACUUUAUAUUGUUGAAAUGCAUUCUGAUACAUUAAAAUAAUAAUUU